GGAAAUGUGUUGAAAUAUUUUGAAACGAGUUUGAAAGAUCCCAGAUCUCGCUCUAUUUCUCUCUUCGAGUUACGAGAUCUCCAGCAAACCUCAAACCCUAGGGCAUAAAUUGAUUGGGGCUUUACAUCAAUCUGUUGUUUCUAUCAUCAUCACGAUGGUGGUCCUUGCAGCUUCUAUCAUUAGCAAGACUGGCAAAGCACUUGUUUCGAGACAGUUUGUUGAUAUGUCCAGAAUAAGGAUAGAAGGACUGCUUGCAGCAUUUCCCAAGUUAGUGGGAACUGGAAAGCAACACACUUAUGUAGAGACUGAGAACGUUCGCUAUGUUUACCAACCAAUUGAACUACUUUAUCUGCUGCUUGUGACCAACAAACAAAGUAACAUUCUUGAAGACCUGGAUACACUGAGACUGCUAUCCAAACUGGUACCUGAAUAUGCACCCAGUUUAGAUGAAGAAGGUGUUUGCAAGAUGGCUUUUGAGCUGAUUUUUGCCUUUGAUGAAGCUAUUUCUCUCGGACACAAAGAAAAUGUGACAGUUGCGCAAGUUAAGCAGUACUGUGAAAUGGAAAGUCACGAGGAAAGGUUGCAUAAACUACUCAUGCAGAGCAAGAUAAAUGAAACUAAAGAUGUCAUGAAGCGGAAGGCUAGCGAGAUUGACAAAAGCAAGAUUGAGAAGAACAGAGGAGAUAAAGGAGGAUUUAUGGCUAUGUCAGGUCCGAGAAGAAUUGAAAGUAGUUUCAGUGACAUGAGUAUUUCUAGCAACAGUGGCGGUUUUGGAAGUGGUUCUGGCUUCGGAUUAAGCUCAGAUGUGGAAUCAUUCUCUAGCAAGUCUAAAGGCCGUCCACCUUCAACUGCGACAGCUCCCUCUAAAGGUCUUGGUAUGCAGCUUGGCAAGACACAAAAGACAAGUCAGUUAAUGAAUUCACUCAAAGCUGAAGGGGAAGUUAUUCUUGAGGAUGUGCCACCUGUUGCUUUGCAGUCCAGGUCAUCUCUUCCACUGACAGAUCCCAUUACAUUAACUAUUGAAGAAAGGCUCAAUGUUGUAGUUAGGAGAGAUGGUUUGGUUAGUAACUUUGAUGUUCAAGGCACCCUUUCUGUCCAAAUACUUAACCAGGAAGAUGGGCUAGUUCAAUUUCAGAUCGAAAACCAAGAGAUGCCUGGUCUCAGCUUCAAGACUCAUCCUAACAUUAACAAAGAGUUGUUCAACAACAAUCAUAUAGUAGGCCUGAAGGAUCCAAACAGGCCUUUCCCCACUGGUCAAAAUGAUGUUAAUUUGAUCAAGUGGAGAAUCCAAGGCAUGGAUGAGGCCUCUUUGCCAUUGACUGUUAACUGCUGGCCCACUGUUUCUGGAAGUGAGACCUUUGUUAAUAUUGAAUAUGAAGCUUUCGAGACGUUUGACCUGCAUAAUGUUUUGAUAUCUAUACCUCUUCCUGCAAGUCGAGAACCACCUAGUGUAAGGCAGAUAGAUGGAGAAUGGAGGUAUGAUGCAAGGAAUUCGACAUUGGAAUGGUCAAUUCUUCUCGUCGAUAACACUAACCGGAGUGGAUCCAUGGAGUUUGUCGUGCCUCCUGCUGAUCCAUCUUCAUUCUUCCCCAUCGCAAUCAAGUUUACCGCUGCCAACACUUUCAGUGACGUAAAGGUUGGAAAUGUCAUACCGAUUAGAGGUGGUCCUCCUCCAAAGUAUGCUCAAAGGAUACAGCUGAUAGCAGACAAUUACGAGGUGGUUUGAGUUUAGAAGGGGAAAAUGGUUGCCCAUUUGACAUUGGUUGUGGAUUCGAUUUUAAACUAUGAGGGGUUUCCUUUUUUGUUCAGGAGUUUAACUGUGUGGAUCAUUUUAUUUUCUUGCUAUUUCUUUUAGUUUUGGAAGAGUGAAAGAUAUACAUCGAAGUUUUUAUGUGCUUAACGGAGUCUCAAUGUUCUGUUUGUAUCAAUGAUACCUUGCAUUACAGGAAUUUUAUCUUUCAGUACCAUAUGAUCUUUGUGGGUCCAUUUUGCCUAUCUUUCCA